AUGGCACUUGUUGAUACCCAAUACCAGCAUUUCAUUCCUCAAUUUAUAUUGAAACGCUUUAGCCACCCAUUUGUAUGCCCCGAGACGCCCGAAAACAAACUGAAGUGCAAGAAGAAGCAUCACGAACGGUACAAAUAUCCAGGCGACGAAGUUGUGAACUGCUUGCGGCUAUCUCCAGAUGGAUUCACUGAAACGACACAGCUUCCUCGCCUUCUCGAGAUCAAGUUCAGUGCUCUGGAAGGCCAAGCCAGUCGCAUCAUUCGGAAGAUUGUUACAGAGCAUCAGGCUUGUAAAGACUCUGUUACCUUGAUGAGAACAGAACGCGACAUCCUGCGCAAAUUCUUGUUUCUGCUUAUGUAUCGUGGUCCAGGGCACUAUCGAAGAUUUGAUCACGAGAGCAUAGAUGAUUGCCAUCCCAGCGAUCAACCAAUUCUAAAAGAGUAUAUGGAUAAGCAUAAUCUUCAACGACCGAUUGAUGCUUGGCUGCAUAGUUUGAGCGCCAUCAUCGAUCUUCAUAUGGAUCUGGGGGAUGAAUGGGCAAAACAAGUAUAUCGUUCUGUGUACUAUUGUAUUGCUACUGAUUUUGUAGAUCAUGUCACGAAUUACUGGAUUGCGAUUUGCACCCCGGCAAGCGAAGACCAGGAAUUCAUUCUGACUGAUACGGGUUACAAUGUCCACGAGGGACCAACAGUCCAUUACCGGGACAGAGAAACAGGAGAGCACGCUGCUCUGGGUCCUAGCUUUCACUAUUUCACGACUAUUGCUCCAAGACUGGUUAUCGUCAUGCGAAGCAGGUACCUUCCUGAGCCAUUCGAAGAUGCCAAUCCAGAACUCAAAUCCGAGCGAGGAUUUCUACGGAAAAUUAUGACGGACGCCCUGUUUGGCAAAGGCACCAAAUCUAUCUUAGAAGACAUGCCUGUCCACAAAGCGUUCAACAAUUACUCCAGCAUAAUUAAUGGAAGGGUCAACACGGACCAGAUGAGAAUCAUCAAUGGUCUUCUGCUAGAUCAUGCAUUCCAUGGAUCGAUUAUUGUUUUUGACCGAAAGGCCGUUUUUCUUAAUUUACUUCAGUGGUAUCUUGAGGAGCCUUGCGAAGUGGGAAAGAAUCUGAUAGGAGAGCAUCAUGACGCCAAAAAGGAAUACAUUACUCAGCUCGCUUAUUUUAUGGAAAACGAGGGGAGAAAAGUCAAAACCAACAUAACUUCGUGGCCUGGAGAGCACAGCAUCAAUUUAAAACGUCUAAGAGAAAUAGGAAUGGAGGGAGCACGAUGGGCUGAAGAGUUCUCUCAAGAAAGGAAUAAUGAAACCGAAGGGGACCACAAAGGUGCCGCCGAUAAAGGUUCAAACGUUCAAGAGUACCACGAUCGAAGGGUUAACCCUGAGCUAGUUCCAACAUCUCAAGAAUGGCACAAUGAAACUGUGACGGAUGGAGCAAAGGAUGAUUCGUUCUCGGGUGUUCCUGCUGAAGCCCUCAGAGCGUCCCUUAUUAUGCUCCAAGUCUGGGUGAGGAAAGCAGAGCUAGACUUCAAGGACGCCUUUCCAACCAGCAACAGACUUCAAGUCCUCCUAUCAGACUAUCAAGACCGGCAACCGAUUGCCAGGUUCUGGCUAUUCUUAAAGCAGUUCAGAUACGCUAUUUGGGAAAGUGACCGGAAUGCCAAUGGGCAAAAGCAUGAUCCACGAAGCUGGGAUGAAGCUUCACCAGGGCCAGAGGAUGAUGUCACAAAAUCAGCCAUGCCCACAACGAAACAAUCUGAAGCGAAUGCGAUGAUGUGGGAGAGCUUCAUCACCGACAUCCGCAAAACCCGAACCCCUGACCCAGAUUUCAAUCUUGCUGAGCUCACGGCCUUUUGCUUCGGGUUGGUGGAGAAGUUUACACUGUAA